AUGGGAAGCAUAAUAAAUGAAAAGAAAAAUUUCAUUAGACAUGUUCUAUUGAAUUCACCUCCAGGAAAAAUAAAUGACUUGGUUUCAGAUAUAAAAACCUUAUUUGGGUCAAGUGCGACUAUCCAAAAUUCUAUCGAAGAUGCCAUAUCAAAUUAUAACGAAAAGAACUUCGUGCUCAUUCCCCUCGAGGAUAACGAAUACGUCAUAAUUUGUGAACAGUCAAAAAUCAACAACUCAUACGUUCACCCAAAACUAAAGAUACUAGCUACUGUUAACCAUCUGAAGAGAAAAGUUACCGGAACCACUGAGUUAAAAGAAUUGAACUACCCCCAAGAAUUAGAAAGUUAUAGAGAAUUGUGUAGCGUAAAACUAGAGAAAUAUCUUCAAGCACAUUAUUCAAAAUGGAAUGAGAAGCAAACAAUAAAUUAUCCCAGUGUUAAUUUAAAAUGUAAAAAUGGAUUAAGCUCAAAAUGUAGUUCAUCUGUUUAUGCUUCCAAACGAGGGGAUAGAUUUAAUCUCUUUUUCAUUAUAUGUCGUGACAGAUAUUAUUUAAAGAAUUUUCACGCAAGUUCGUGGAGAAGUUCAUGGGAGGUCAAUUUUUUAUUAACAGAUGACCAAGUCCUCUUAAGAGGAAACAUAGACGUAGCACUAACAUAUUUUGAGGACGCUAACAUAAAUUUCAAGACAACCAAAAAAUUUGAAAAAACAGUUCUAGUGAACAAGGACGUUGAGCAAUUCUCUUCCACCAUUUUAUCAGCCAUAAGUGAAUUUGAAAACUCUACCCUCUAUGAUCUAAAUAACUUUUUUAUCAACAUAAAUAAGGAAUUAAUAAAAAGUACUAGAAAAAUUAUACCAUUGAAUGGCGAUAAAUUUAACUGGAUGGAGACAUAUCAGGAUAUCCCCAUGCAAAUUAAGUUAACAUAA